CCUACGCAGCGUGAUUACGCCGUGCUUGGUCGCAUAGACAGGUAUCCUGCGUGGGGUUUGCCGGAUCGUUGCGUGAUGAGGCGCCCAAGGCUGUGACCCGAUACGGGAGAAAGAUGCUCAGCCGCCUGCAGGAGCUGAAGAAAGAGGAGGAGACUCUGCUUAAGAUUAAAGCGUCCCUCCAUGACCAGCUCAACAGGCUAAAGGUUGAGGAACUUGCUCUUCAGUCCAUGAUAAACUGCGGAGCGGAGGAGGACCAGAAGUCCUCAUCUGAGGCAGCGGAGGAGGGGGAAAUGCACAUGGAUAACGAAGCUGUUAUAAAUCAGACAGAGCUGCAGCUGAGCACUAUGGAUUAUACCCAGGACCAGGAAGAAAUGGAGGAGGAAGAAGAGGAGUCGGACUCUUAACCCUACAACAAAGAUGUCUGCCUACCCAUUAUCGAUAGUUUCAUGUUUUCUCUCUGAACCUAAAGCACAUUAUUACCAACUUGUAGCAAUGGACCAGGGGGUUAUUUUCUAUUAUCGCCAGUCCAGAAGAGGAGCCUUUAUUGACAUUUUAUGGGACGACAGACUGGUGAUUUUCAGAGAUUAAAGGAAUACCUGUGUCCAAACAAUGGAUUUGCUGUUUACAAAUGUAAAUAAAGCGUCUGUGGGUGUUUUUCAGUGUGUCCGAAGCAGUAA